UCCGUCCAGAACAGCGUAGGCCAACUGUGCGUUAAAAAGUUUGGAUGCUGUUUACUUUAGAACAUUAUUGGCCUUUCAGUAUCCAGUUUUAAAAGGACAUUAUUUUAAUCCACAAAUCAUCUAUAACAAUGACACUUAAAUCACUAUAUAUUUCCUCUUGGGUUUUCUUUGUCUUUGGCCUUUCGCAGGUUUUGCCCAUGCGCACAAAGUGCCACUUGCAUGGGAAGCUGAUAGAAAGGAGCCAUACACUUUUGAGCAAAGCGGGUGGACGUUUUCCCCCAAAAUGCAUUGGGGAGAUGGUUCAGAUUCCUUUCCCAGGAUCUGUUUUCAGGUCUAUCAAGAACACGGAGCAGGAAACAGGUGUAAAGCUGGCAAUUUGUGAAACUUUGAACAACAUCAUUUCACUGUUUGGAAAUGGGGAUCUACCAGAAGAGUAUGACUCGACGAUGCUUGACGAAUUCCAGCAUAUCAUCUUCCGUCUAGUUAAUGAGACGAGCAGAUGUACGAUGGACAUCAAGGUGAAAAGCGAGGCCAGGAUCGAUAUCGCUGAUAGAAAAAAACUGUUGAGACAAUACUUCAAGAAGAUGGCAGCAGUUUUACAGCAAAAGAGCUUCAGUUUUUGCGCAUGGGAAAUCGUCAGAAAAGAGAUUAUUCAUACGCUGCGCUUCAUACUGGACCACGCUUCUGACUCGCUUUUCUGGUUAAACAGAACUUAAAGCCAGGAUUUUCAGCUUAACCCGGUGAAUCAUCUUGUAGUAUGAUUUGGUUUUUCACAAAAGCUUCGUGACUGCGGUCAUUAAUCAAGAACUUUCGUUUUUCAAAAUCUAUCUAUUUAUAUUUAUCUAUUUAUUAAUCUAUUUAUUUAUCUAUUUAUUUAACUAUUUAUUUAUUUAUUUGCUCGUUUGUGUAUUUAUUCAUUUGUUUUUUAUUUAUU